UCCAGGUCAAACCACACAGAGACUGUACGUGUGCUUCGGUCGUCUUUGUCUUGACGGAUGUGGCAAAGUGUUAAAAGAGGAAGCGCAGUUUGUACUGCUGCUACUGUCUGAAACAGGAGAACAAUGAAGGCAGCUAACCACUGAAGGAAGAAAGCACCUACUUCAACCAUGACAGAGUGAAUAACUGUUGAUCAUUGACCAGUAAAUGCUGUGGUGUCAUUUAGGUAUGAUAGGAAACUCAAGUCUUCUGGCUGCAGUCCUGACUGUUGUGUCAGUUGCGUCGGUGGUGGCACUGAGUCUACUUUCUCUUCUCUGUUUGCGAUGCAAAAAGAAAUCAAAGAUCAUUCACGAGGAGCAUCAAAUAUACAACCCACAGACAUUCCAACGUGGUGGAAGUCUGUUUGCUGUGACGCAAUCAAAAACAGUCACCAGAGGCAAUCAAAUAACCACAACCACAGAAGAAACUCGUCAGGAAAUUGAAGAUUUUUCAUCAGCUGCAAUUGAUGAACAGUCAGACUAUCAAAAUGUCACUGAGGCUCAAACAGAGAGUCUGGAACAUACAUAUGUAGCUCCACUCCCGAUCACAGUGUAUGAAAAUGAACAGACUGUAACUGAUUCAUUACAUGCACUUUCCAAUGAGACUCCAGACGUCUAUGCAAACAUCACAUCGUCGCCAAUAAAAGACGACGAGGACGACUACGAGAACUCUGAAUUCCUGGGCAAAAUAGUGGAGGAGCAAGAAGAUGAUGAGCCAGAUUAUGUGAAUGAAAACGGGGACUGCACCUGAUGUGGACGCCACUGACAGGACCAGGAAACAUCAGCCUGCACUCUAUUCUUUCUGUUGUGUAAAACUUAGUUAAGAAGUUUUUUUAUUUUUUAUUCCUGCUAUGUGAUGUGCAGCUGUGUGAAAAAAAUGCUCACUGACCUAGAUUGUGAUGGAAACUGAGGCUGCCAUCUAGUGGUAAAAAAACAUCCAUUGCAGCAAACUGUGAGUACAUAAAACAGACACUUUUGUACAUCGUUGGUAUUCUUGAAUGUUGGGGGUCAAAACGGAAAAUGUUGAAGAAUUUAUUGGGAGCUUUAAGUAUUAAGGAGAAGGUUAAAGAAAUAACUUCCUCCAUGUGAUUACUGAGCAAAGAAGCACCAGUUUAAUCCUUAAAUCAACAGCAUUUAAUUAUUUUCUCAAACUGACCAAAUGUGCCUUGGUGUUCAAAUGGUGACGUAGAAGAUGUGAAUUAAAAAAAUGCAUUCAGAGAUGCUUAUUUUGUUUUUCUGCUAGUGAGGAGUCAGGGAGUGUAUUUUGCUUAUCUCACCACAAGGAGUUUUCCUAAACUGCAGUAAAUGUUCCUACCUGCUGUAAGAGUUCAUCACGAAGCUGCUGAGUGGAGAGAGAGAAACUUUGUCACUUACUUACGCCAGCAUUUUACUCUAAUGGUGGCAGAAUUAAAAGUAGUAAAACCGCAAUGUAAAAUAGACUCUGCUACAAAUAUACUCCAAGUUAUAGUUCUGCAUUCAAAAUGUUUCUUAAAGCUGCUAUAAUACAUAUUUUUAUAAUAACGUAUCAAAUGACAAUUUGAUAAAGUCUAAGGGGUCGCUCGCAGUGAUGAACCUACAGAGAUUUAUCACCUGAAUCUGUAGCUGACCUCGACUUUAUAGAGCUUUAGAGUGAGUUUCAGCUCAUUGUUUAACUCUCACCGCUCUCAUAGCUUUGUUUUCUGCCCAACAGGCAGCUGUUUUCAAAAAGAAGAGAAAAAGCUCUAAAGACUCACUGAACACUACCAGCUCAGCACCAAACAGCAGCCCGACACAGUUAGCGACUAGCUGGUGAACAUAGUGGAGCAUUUAGCAGCUAAAGAGCCAGAUAUUUCCCUCAGGAGUUGGUGGAGCUUAUAUUCAUCAGGUGGCCACAAACACGACUCCAAAUGAAUGAUAAUGUCGCUCCUUAACUGCUGGAUGUGUAAAUAAAUAACUGUUUGCUAACAAGUACAGUUUAUUCUGCCCACUACACUGUCAGUACCAGCUGGAAGUUUGUCAGUCUAUGUGGUCUCUCUGAAUCUGGUCUGUGAUGAGACUUGCAGCUCGACCACCCGUCGAAUCUGGGCCCGUAUUUAUCAAGCUCCUGAAAGUGGAAUUUAGGACUUUUACUCCUACUUACAAACCUAAAAGUGGAAGCUUUAAUAAUCAAAUAAAUUCUUGUAACUUAAAAAUAAUAAAGCAAAUAAUGUUACAUUUAAGAAAGCUCCAGAGGUGUACGAAGCUGAUCAAGUGUAGAUCACAGAUUGUAAUUUAUGGUUGAAGCAAUAUGUAACUCACAACAGCGUAGUUUCAGCCUAUUAUUUGAUUUGAACAUUUCAUUCCACUUUUUCCUUUUUGCAUUUAUCAGGGAUGCAAAUAACAAGAAAAGAGCUGGCGUUGAUUUACUUUGCAAUCCCUUUCCAUGUAUCUCCAUUAUCUGCACUUGUCAAUGCGGCACUAAAUUCUCUUCAUUGUACAGGAGAUUCCUCUGAUGUAGAAACUAUCAGCAGCAGAAUUUCUUUCCUGCCCCCGUUGGCCUCUUUAUCAUCAUAUACCCAUUAUAUCCUUAGACAUAUAAAUAUAUUCCUUUUGUUAUUUUCACGAACGUUUCUACUGGAGAUAUGAAGUCUCAUAUACAUUAACAUAUCACUGAGUAAAAUACAACUUUUUUUUUUUUAAAGAAUGAGCAAUAUCAUCAAAUCUCACUGGCUAUUCCUGCUCUGAGCAUACAUGUUAUUUGUCAUGUGAUCACUCUUUAUGGUUACUUACUCUCACACUUUGGUGUUUUAUUCUUUACACUCAGUGAAGAACUUUUACUAUUUGCCAAGUUUUCUCCUUAAAGCAUUAAGUGUAAAUCUUAAAAGGUUGAUAAAUACGGACCCUGUUUUGUUACACUGCAGUGGUGCUGGGAUCCAGGUACAGUCAUUUAAGUGAGAACAGCAUUGCAGCAGUGAUGAGGAUUUUCUCUUAGGAAGUAUGUAACCAACAAGACCUGCUGGUGGAUUAUGCAACUAACGUUCGUCAUCGAUCAGCCAAUUAUUCUCUCGAUUAAUUUAGUCUAUAAAAUAUCAGAAAACAAUGAAAAUCCCCAACACAAUUUCCUGGAGCCCAAGGUGAAGUCAUCAAAUGUCUUGUUUUGUCCGACCAACAGUCCAAAAGACAAAGAUACUCAGUUUACAAUAAUGUAAAGAUGAGGAAAAGCUGUAAAUUCUCACAUUUUAGGAGCUGGAACCAUCAGAUGUUUGUUUUAACUUUAAAUUAAAUUAAAGUCCCUUUUUUCAAGCUAAAUGACAAUCGAUAAUCAAAUUAGUUGCCACUUAAUUUUCUGUCAACUGACUGUUUGGCCGACUAAUCGUUGCAGUUUUAGAUAUGAGCCCCGGCGCUAACUGUCAAGGAGUUGAUAGGUGAUCGUCUCAAUCACCUGCGUCAUGACACCACUGAAUCGGGAGUUACCCUCGGAUUCAAAGCCCUGGAGAAAUGAGGAAGUCACAGAAAAGUUUUUAACACAGAGACGGUUUUAUUAGCCUGAACAGCUCAGCUGAGAUCGACACCACGUCUCAGUCUGAAGCCGCUCAGAAACCAACACCAAGAAGACGGAUGACCAGAGCCGACGUCAGUGUGAACAGACACACACAUCACAUAAACCGUUUCUAGAGAUACAUAUAUACUGGAUGUGUACACACUGAGGGUGGUGAAGGGACGUUCCCAGGGUGGCUAAGCAAAAGUGACGCAGCAUUACACACACACACACACACACACACGAGCCAGUGCUUAAGUUUCUCAGGGGUGAACGGCUGAUGACUCCUCUGACACGUCUGAGACUCAGAUUGAAUCCAGAUUCAGGUGAAAGUCACAUCGUAUCUGCUGUGUUUCAGUCGUCCAUUCAGCAGGUCAACAGGAAAAAGUGUCAUCUGAGCAAAAAACUACUUCAAGCUCAACAAGCCAUUUGACCUUUUUCUGUCUUAAAAAGGUUUUACUUCUCAAAAAUUUGCCAUCAAUGUCAGGUAAUGACUCCUAUUUCCUUUUACUUGAGUUUCAUCAGCAUGUUGAAGUAAGGCAGAAGGGUCUACUUGUUACAGACAGCGUCGAUUCAUCGGAGGCAAAGGAAAUUAUUCUCACGUGAAUCACAGCCGGCAUUAAAAACAAAGACUGAAUACAAGAUUAAAUGGCUGCUAAAGCAGGUGUUGUUUUGUUGUUGCACGUUUUGGAGGUUACAGGAGUAAACAGGAGUCUGGCUGAAUAAAGACCCACCUCUCUCACACACACACACACACACACACACACUCUCUUCCACGCACAUUCACACACA